CGGUUCCAUCGGUUCCAAGGAACCGGAACCGAAAAAAACCGGAACCGGUGCAUCCCUAUGCAUGGUGAGCCUCAUCAAUCUAGAUUACCUAAUUGAUGAUUCUCCUUAUAGAUAUCUAUUAACUACUCAAUGUUGGUGCUUAUUAUUAUAAAUGAUAGUACGCGCGUGAAAAUAUCGGGAAAGAAUAAAUGCGUAUGUUUUGGAAAAUUCUAAUCUAGAAAACGUUCGUUGGGUAACAGUAAAAAUUGUGGGUAUGGGUGGAUGAAUGGUGCAGAUAAAGCAAAAAAUCAAAAUCACACUCAAACGUACUCCCACUAGGGGUGCACUAAAUCCAAAUCCAGUCAAAUACAAUUCCUGGAUUAGACUGGAUUUGGAUUUGGAUUUGACUGGAUUUGACUUGGAUUUCGAUUUCGAUUUGACUGGAUUUGGGUUUGACUUGAAUUUGGAUUUGACCAUAUAUACCUCCUACAAGGAUUGCAUUUUUUCGGUAUCAAAACUCAUCAAACCCGGUCAAAUCUUCGUGUCCAUUAAAUGCAGUUUUCUUCGCUCUAUCCAAUGGUGGUAUCAAAUUUCGUCUACUCUUUCAAAAAGUUUCAAGAUUUGACAGGUUUUUAUGCAAAUUUUUGAGUUUUAUUCACGUUUUUGAUCAAACCCUGUCAAAUCUUGAAACUUUUUGGAAGAGUAGACAAAAUCUGAUACCACCAUUGGAUAGAGCGAAGAAAACUACAUCUAAUGGACACGAAGAUUUGACCGGGUUUGAUGAGUUUUGGUACCGAAAAAAUGCAAUCUUCGUAGGAGGUAUAUAUAGUCAAAUCCAGUCAAAUCCAAAUCCAAGUCAAACCCAAAUCCGGCCAAAUCCCAAUCCAAAUCCAAGUCAGACCCAGUCAAAUCCCAAUCCAAACCCAAGUCAAAUCCAAAUCCGAUUCUAGAAUUGGAUUUGGAUUUGACUAGAAUUGGAUUUGGUGCAUCCCUAGUAUUAUAGCGAACAGCGGAACGUUCUUAGCCAAACGAAUAAAUAAGAAAUUCUCGAUGGUAUUCAUUAUGGCAUAUACUUUCCAGCAAAGCAGAGCGAUCCUGUCAUCGCUUACUAGAAUUUGAACAGUCUUUAUGCGAGAAUUCAUGAAGCUUAAGGUAUUUUGCGAGACUAUCAUUGAUGUCGUGCAAUGGAGUGGAGCAUUUAGCUAACCAACGAAACCAUAAUCGGCUAUCUAUAAUAUCAAAACAUUUCGUAUUUAUUAUGCAAAGCUUCUGACAAUUUUGCAAGUCUAACAUAAUGGUUUCAUAUAUAUUGUACGAAACCUACAAUCAUUCCGUAUAUACAAUACGAAACCGCCGUUAGUGUCGUAAGGGAAUAAAUGGUUUCGUAUAACUUGUACGGAACUGUUGGUGGCUUUACAAGCUGUAUUAUGGUUCCGUAUACAUUAUACGAUACUAGUGGUAGUUCUGUAUCAUAUCUAAAGGUUCCGAAUAUGAAACACGAAACUAGGGGUGAUGUAUUAGAAUUAGCAUUGGUAUUUAUUAAUACUAAUACUAAUGCUUUAAGCAUUAGUAUUAAAAUUAACCUUAAUGCUUUAGCAUUAUUAGCAUUAGAAUUAAUUAAUGCUUUAGUAUUAGCAUUAAAUUAG